AUGUCGCUGGGAGAGAAAGAGCACAGGAACCCCGAAUCCUCCUCCGCUGAGACUCUUCUGCCCAUUCAACAACCAUGGGCGCGGCUGACUGAAUCCGUCGAACCUAAAUUUACGCAGUCACAGCCCACGGAUGAACUCGACACGGAAAUUAGAGAGGCCCAGGCGCAGCUUGCAAAUCCCAUACAGCAGCGAUGGCUCCUUGGGCUCCAGCAGGAGAUUUUUGAUGAGCAAGUGGCGCUUGAGGUGGCCCGGAACCGGCUUGCGGCCACCAUCAAAGAUCGCUCGCCCAUUGUCAGGAAAAUACACAUCACAGGCAGUGCUUUCAUUGCACCGUCUGAGCAGACUGUCCGUCCCUCUUUCCCCACGCCCCAGCCUAAAUUUUCACUCGUUAAACCUGAGAAUACCGCUUUGAAAAGCCCCGCGAAUUCAAAAUUGGAAACACUAGGGGUUCUUACUACUGCUAAAAUAUCGGCCACGUUACCUUAUCAAGCCCCUGCCAAUCCAAACAACCAAACUUCUCCCGUCCCGAACAUACCAGUGUACCAUGGGCGCGCUCUCCGGGAACUCAAAACUUACGCUAGGGGCCUGGAACGUCACUUUGGCAAAUAUCCAGGCUGGUACAUUACCGACGAGCGCAAAACCACCCGGGCCUUAAAGCACGUUGCCUUUAAUCUGCAGAAUGAGUGGAAGCGACACAUACGCGACAUGCCCACUACAAAUGGAGUCUAUCCCGAGGUGGCCAAGACGCGCUACAUGGAUACCUAG